AUGCCGACCGAUGACCUACCAGCAUUUGACGGACUGUCAAAUGCUGGUAGGUCAUCGGUCGGCAUCCUUUCACUCUGUAUGUUUGAAAGCGCAAAAACAAACGCUGGAGUGGUCGAUCAAACCAUUUUUAAAACGGCACAAAGAUAUGGGUUGAAUUCUCUUUACUUCGACGAGAUGAGCUUGGUAAUUGUCAAUGAUUACGUUCAAUACGUGCGACCCCUGCUGAAACCACAAUGUGGAUAUUUGCUAGUAAAUCGAAGCGGUAGUCAAUUUCAGAAGCUCACUGAGUUACUUAGCGUUCUCGUGUUUGAAGCGAUAGCCAAGUACAUUCACCCGACGAGGUACAGGCAGAUUAUCGAAACGGAGAGCGUAAACAAUUUAGAUUUGGAAGAACAACAAUUGGUAUCCGAGGACCAAAAACAUAGCUCAAACGUGGCGAGAGUUCACUAUCAGAAGCUGCGGUCUCGGGAAGUAGCGUUAAAGGGACGAUCAUGCACGGAAAAACUGCGCGGGGACCAUGGCAGAGCAAUGGACAUUUGCGUACAGCAAUUGAGACAGCAAGAUUCCAACGUGGGAAUUGAAGUGAAAGACAUGGAAACCGAAGGCGAUGGUGAGACGGCGUCAUCUCAUACAAGCGAAGGGGAGAUUGAAAACAACGAUGAAACGCAACGAAAAAGCAGGGUUAAAGUCAGGUUUACACAAGGGGAGGACAAUUAUCUAAGAAAAGGGAUAGUAAAGUUUGGUAUGCGCUGGACUGCAAUUUUAAACUGCCCGCUGUACAAAUUUGAACAAUCCAGAGCACCGACAACAUUACGAAUGCGUGCGACAACACUUAAAUUAAUAUAG